CCCUCUGAUUUCUCUCUUAUCUAUAAAUCAUUUUCUCAAAUUUUUCAAUUUUCUCAUCUGCUUCUUCUUCUUGUUAUUUUCCAACAUCCGACGCUCUGCACUCGUACCCAACCCGCCAUGAUUUUCCCUUCGAAAAGAAGUAAGAGACCCAUCAAAAUCCCCUUUCCACCUAAAAAAUCCCAUCUCUAAUCACCAAAUUCCACGACUUUUUGGGGAAAUCGAAUUGGGUUUUUUCCCCAAAUAUCCAAAUUAUGAUUCUUUCCAAUCCAUUCUUUCUUGCAGUUGUAACAAUCUGUAUAUCUGUAGCAAUCCGCGUUGCGCUGUACAGAACUGGGCUGGUUUACAUCGUGAAAAAAUGGUGGCGGCGGUUCGAGGAUUGCUUCCAUGUCUACCAAUCGUUCAAAGUCCCCGAAUACAACGAGAGCAUGCAGGAGAAUCAGCUCUACGGCCGAGUCACCGACUAUCUCAACUCGCUCACCUCUGUUGAAGAUUCGGACUUCACCAAUCUCGUCACCGGAAAAAAACCCAACGAAAUUGUUCUCCAGCUCGAUCCCAAUCAGAUCAUCGAGGACAAUUUCCUCGGUGCUAAGGUGAUUUGGCAAGCAGAGGGCGGCGGCGGCGGGAGUAGGAACUUAGUGUUGAAGGUUCGGAAAGCUGAUAAGAGGCGGAUUCUGCGGCCGUAUUUGCAGCACAUCCACGUCGUCGCUGACGAGCUCGAGCAGAAGAAACGGGUGUUGAAGCUUUACAUGAACGUCGACGCGCCGGACAGAGCGUGGAAGCCAGUCCCCUUCACUCACCCGUCGACCUUCGAGACCAUAUCAAUGGAGUCCGAUCUCAAAUCGAAAGUCAAAUCAGAUUUGGAGUCAUUUCUCAAGGCGAAACAGUACUAUCACCGUCUAGGUCGGGUCUGGAAACGGAGCUUUCUGCUAUACGGGCCGUCGGGUACAGGAAAAUCGAGCUUCGUCGCCGCCAUGGCCAAUUUCCUCGGUUACGACGUGUACGAUCUGGACCUCUCGCGGGUCAAAGACGAUUCGGAGCUGAAGAUUCUUCUGUUGCAGACGACGAAAAAAUCGGUCAUUGUAAUCGAGGAUUUGGACCGAUAUUUAGCCGAGAAACCCGCGGGUCUGAGCUUUUCGGGUAUUUCGAAUUUCAUGGACGGGCUGCUGAAUUCGUGCUGCGCCGAGGAGAGAGUCAUGGUGUUCACGAUGAAUUCGAAGGACCACGUUGACCCGGCCUUCCUCCGACCGGGUCGGAUCGACGUCCACAUCCACUUUCCGCUCUGCGAUUUCGGAGCAUUCAAACAUCUCGCGACGAGUUAUCUCGGGGUGAAGGAGCACAAGCUCUUCUCGCAGGUGGAGGACAUUUUCCUGAGUGGGUCGAGUUUGAGUCCGGCAGAGAUCGGCGAGUUGAUGAUCGCGAACCGGAACUCGCCGAGUCGGGCGAUUAAAUCGGUCAUCACGGCUCUCCAGACGGACGGCGAUAGGAGGGGCACGGGAGUGUGCGGAAGGCGGGUUGGGUUUGAUGUCGGGUCGACAAAGUCCGAAUCGGGUGAACCCGGCGGGAUGUUUUGCAGGGAAGGUGGUGUUCCUGCGGUUAGGGAUAUCAGGAAGUUGUACGGGUUCUUGAGGAUGAAAAGCAGCAGGCACUCCUCUCAUUCUCAGUCGUUCGAUGCGGGUUCGCCACACACCGAAGGUUGAUCGGACGGCUGGGAAAUGUGAAAUGUACGGGGGGCAUUACGUGGUGAAAUGUGAUUGGGGGACAUUGUCGUUUUUCUUUUGCUCCAAAAGAAAACACUGUCGUUUUAGUCUCUGGAAAAACAGAGAAAAUGCAUUGGCAUACAGCAUAUAAUUGAAUAGGGAAAACAAUUUGUAAUUUGAUUUGAUAAUUUAGAUAUAUUUGUUAGUUGGGAUUGGAUGCUUUGUGGAUAGAUUGAUUGAAAAUUGGGAAUGUGAUUCCUUCUUUUAUUCCA